UCCGGGGCGGGCGGCGGUUCCGUCUGUGCGGGCCGCGCCGCGGCUGCUGGUCCCGGGCGCGCGGAGGGCGCGAGCGGCGCGCGGAGACUGAGGGGGCGCGAGGCAGCGGCGCGGGGACUCCGGGCCCCGGCGGCGGCCCAUGGGGCGGGAGGCGUGAGGCCGCUGCCUGUCCGGGGCUCGGGGGGUGGGGGGAGCGGGGCGGGGAGAUGGAUAAACUGACCAUCAUCUCAGGAUGUCUCUUUCUGGCCGCCGAUAUAUUCGCCAUCGCCAGCAUCGCCAACCCGGACUGGAUCAACACCGGGGAGUCCGCGGGAGCACUCACUGUGGGCCUCGUGCGACAGUGUCAAACAAUCCAUGGACGAGACCGGACGUGCAUCCCUCCCCGGCUUCCCCCGGAGUGGGUCACCACACUGUUUUUUAUCAUCAUGGGAAUCAUUUCAUUGACUGUCACAUGUGGUUUGCUGGUGGCUUCCCACUGGCGAAGAGAAGCUACAAAAUAUGCUCGAUGGAUAGCAUUCACUGGAAUGAUCCUUUUCUGUAUGGCUGCCCUAAUAUUUCCAAUAGGAUUUUACAUCAAUGAAGUCGGAGGUCAACCUUAUAAAUUACCCAACAACACAGUGGUUGGGUCAUCAUAUGUACUUUUUGUCUUAUCAAUUUUCUUUACAAUAGUAGGACUUCUAUUUGCUGGCAAAGUUUGUUUACCAGGCUGAUGAAUGUCUAAAUUGCUUGACUCUUACUAUUUUUUAUUUUAUUUUUUUAUUUUUGGAGGGUGGGGAGGACAAAGGUGAGACAUCUGAGCAACCCUCUCAUAGGAAGAUGCUCAGAUGAAACUGAUGCUGAGAAGGAAAAAAAAUGCUUUCAUUUGUUCUCACUAUGCACUUUGGAUUAAACAAAAAAAAAAAAAAAAAAAA